AAGAACUGGCCUGGACCUGGAAACGAUGAGAUUUCCACCGCGCACGGUGUCCUACUUGCGCACCUCUCGUUGGCUGCUCCUCAGCUUGGCUGCUGCUGGGAGAUCGGGGAGGCUGGGGCCUAGCGACCUCGUGGUUUCUCGCUUCAGCAGACAAGCCACCUCUGCUCAAGCACAUUGUCAUUGUGGGGCUCCCAAUUCGAUCAACAUCGAUCCGCAUCCUGUAUUCCACGCAUCGUCACAUGUGAGCACUUGCUGCUGAGAUUAGCAGAGAACAGCUUCU